GUACGUCAAAGAAACUUCCGGUUCAUGAGAGAUCUGUUUGGAGGUCGACAAACUGAAACGAUAAACAUGGGGAAUAUGUGGUAUUCCUAUGUUACCAAUCCGGACACGGCCCCGGACUUUAAAAGUCCUCCAACUUUCGAUCCUUUGAUUGGAUUUCCAGAGGGCCGCCAAGAAAGAACAAUCAAGGCCACAAGAGAAGAACUGGACAGAGCCAACGUCCCUCUGAAGAACAGAGACUACUGUGUGGAUUAUUUCCUAGAGCUGAUGAAGUGUCGGCAAGAGCACUUCCCCCGCAUCCUGAAGCACUGUGCGAAACAGACCCACGAGUGGGAGCACUGCCAGAUUGAAGACACUGUCCUUAGAGUGAAGGAGUGGGAGAGAGAGAAGCGCUUGAAAGAAAGAGCAAAGAGAAUAGCAGGCAAAGAGGGAGAGGAAAUGGCAGCGUGAAGUAGAUUUCUUUCCCUUUUUUUAAAACAAGAAUCAUCAGUUUGUGCAGAGUUGUCCUUUGUGUUGAUUUCCUCCGUGAUGGACUUACGUCAAAGCAAAAGGACGACAACCUGGUAAUUUCAAGGAGACCUGUAUCCACACACACGAACUUGUAGAGUUGGAUAAGGACAUUUCUGUGGUUUGUGGAGCUCGCUCAGAUCUACUGUCACUUUCAGAGCUAUGUUUGGCUUGUAAGUUUUGCACCCCUGUGUUGAUAAUAUCAAAUAUACUUAGGUAGAUGAUGUCUCUCUCUCUCUGAGCGUCCCCUCUUCCUUUUAAUUUUAGUGAUCGUUUACUAUGUUUUCUUCUUUUGUCUUGCUGAAUAUUUUUUUUUUCGGGGGGGGGUCUAGUUUUACUUUAGAAUAUCGAAUUAAGUACAGUAGAUGUUUGUAAAGAGUAGAAGAAAAGUUUCUGAGUGCUGUUUAAAUGUUCACACAUCUAGGUUGCAUUGUGUAAGCAUGCAUGUAUGUCUGUGUGUGUGUGUUUCAGUACUCUGUUCGUGUUGUCAAAAUGAACAUAGGCUUGUAUUAUGAGCUCUCUAAAGCAUGUUACGGUCUGUUUCUUUGUGUGUCUUAUGUGAUCUUGGACAGACACAUCAUGAAUGACAGAGAUACAUUUGGUUAAAUGUAUAAUAAAGGCUUGGCUUAAUAAAGUAAUAAAACAAAAAAUG